AUGAGGUCAUAAGAUUCCACUUGUUACAUAGGAAUCAUAUUAGUGAAGUUGCUUGCAUCUUUAUAGAACUGUAUUCCAAUGAAGAGCAAAGUGUGAUCACAGGAUACUAAAAAUUAGACUGUGACAAUGUUGACAAAGAUUAUGGAACAUAUGAACAGCACCAUAGCGACAGAAGUUUCUUCUCUUCAGGAUGAAAGGAAACCAGGCAAACCUGUUGAUGUUCCACGUAGCUUACAAACAAGGAUACUGUUCACAUCUUCUCCAGUCUGCCUCUUCGGGCUGUUACUAAAUUUACUCAUUAUAUGGCUUUACUGCUGUAAAAUCAAAAAGACUAAAUUAACUCUAUAUUUUCUUAAUAUGGCCAUUGCUGAUCUUAUCAUAAUCUUCUUAAAUGUUACCAUUAUUAUUGCAUAUUUUACACCCCUAAAUCCCAGCUUAAAGGUUCGACGGAUAUUGCAAAUUCUGCAUGUAUGUGCAUUUGAUACCACCUUCUUUUUUAAGGCAACGAUCUCUGUAGAACGGUACAUCUUUCUUAAGUGGCCAUUUUGGUAUAAUCACUACCGGCCCAACAAUUUCUCUGUCAUUAUAAGUAUUAGUUUAUGGGGUUUGUCCUGUGUAGUAUCAUUUGUGACCUAUUACGGCUGUUAUCCAAGAUUCGAUGUCAGCGUCAACACACUUCUUAACAACUGCAGAGCUGCCAAUGCAAUUGAAAUAAUCAUUGAGUUGAUCAUUUUCCUUCCCAGCAUGAUCAUCUGCACUUUUGCCCUUUGGAUCAGAAUGCAAACUCCUGUAUCAAGACUGGAUGUUUCCAUUGUGGGUUUGGUUCUUAUAUGUCUUAUCAUUAAUGCCCCAGUUAGAAUUACUCAAAUCACUUCCUCUUGGGAUUAUAAUGUAGAUAGGUAUGUGCUAGGCAAGAUUUCUCUCUUACUAGACUCUGUCGACAGUGCUAGCAACCCUAUCGUGUUCCUUAUUGUUGGUUGUAAAAAGAACCAGAAGGCAAUCCUGUUUCUUGAGACUGCUCUGGAUGAAGGAAACACAACAGAGAAAACACAAUCCAGCGAAGUAUAUGCCUGAAAAUAUCCUGCCCAGAGCUAGACACGAAUCCUUACACACAGAGAAAUGCUGUUUAAUAUUCUGAAUUUCAGAAUAAAAAUGUAAACACUUG